AUGAUGUCCAACGACUCCACCGCUAUUCCACCAAUUCCCAUCGAACCUGAUCUCGAUGCCUCUCAACAAGAUGAUGAUCCUGUUGACGUCAACGGCGAAGAAAAUGAAAAUCUGGAAGCACUUGAAGAAACUUCAUCUACUUCUGCUGAACCAACCAAGCGCCCAAGAAAGCGAAAGGCAGAUGGAUAUAAAAAAAGAAGGCAAAUCAAAAAACCAAAGGCAUCGAAUGAUCCCAACGCUCCAAUCGACCAGAAAGAAGUGCACAAGAGGUCCACCCGUUGGUAUGCAAUUGGAUGUCUCGGAUCCGCAUACGUCGACAUGGAAACGAAAGGAACACUGCCAGAUGGUCCAGGGUUGGAUGCGCUCAAAAGUUUGAUUGCUGAAAAUAAGGAGAACGAUUGUCAUGCAUUCGAGAUUCCACCAAAUUUUGAAUUUGCUGACGAAGGCAACUACCGAGGAAUAUUGAACACUCUAAUUCACGAUGCAGUAAUGACCAGAGUUAACGAACCUCCACAGAAGGCAAAAAUAGAGAAAUCUAGUGAAAUGACACCACCAGAGCUUUGUUUUGCUUCAAAAUUUUAUAUGAGCCACGAAGCAACCGCAAAAGAAGUGAUUGAACGAGUGAAACAAUUUGAAGGUUGUGAAGAAAAUGGAGUUUAUGAAGAAGUGAAGGAACAUGCACUUUUCGACGAGUCGGACGCUCUCGCCAUGCGAGAGAAAGAAUUAAUUGCCGAGUUAGGAAACCGAGAAGAAAUUGAAAGUAUGCACGAAAACCGAGCCGUCGUUAUAGAGAUCGAUGCACGCAGCUGUUCUGUGGUAGAACUGGAAGAACAAGCCAGAAAGACGGGAAUCUGUAACAUCACUGGCUUCCAAGAGAAAUACCAAAUAAAUGGGAAGAUAUUUGAUGCAGAGGAACUCGCCAAAUGUGAUCCAGAUCAAAACUUGAAAGUAAGACGACAGUUGCCUCAAUCGACAGCAACAAACUAUUACAUGUGGAACCACAAUGGCAUAAAAGACCAUGCUGAUCAGCUCAAAGUCUAUGAUUAUGAACAAUUUGUCACGUUGAACAAGUUUGCAGAUAAUCUGGAGAAAAUUAAAGAAGCUUCAGAAAAAGCUUGCCAAAAAAUCAUUGAAAAUCCGGACAAUGUGGAGGACAUCUUGGAAGAAUUGAAGGCUGGGCUUCGGACACUGAUGAUGCCUCUCGAUGCGUCGAAAAAUGAACAUGCUAAUGCAAAGGCGACAAUUCUUAUGUUUGGAACUAAUAUUGAUUUAAUGGAUGGAACGAAGUUUUCAAAUCAAAAUGAGGAAAUCAAAAAGUUUCCAACGUUCCUCAGGCCAAAUGGAGAUGGAACUCUCCUAAAUUAUUCCCAUGAAGUAAUUGGAGGUCUCAAUAAACCUCAAUGUUAUGCAAAACCACCUGGAGCACGAACUUCUCCACAUACUGAAAACAACAGCCUGUCUUCAGUAAACUUAAAUCUCGGUCCAGGAAAUUGCGAAUGGUUGGCAGUUCUUCCGGAGCAAUCUGGAAAAUUCCAAAAUGAGGUGGCCAAAGAAUUGAAACGCAAAGCAAGAAAGCCAAAGAAAAGAAACUCGCCGGAGCCAAAAGAAGAGAAAAUCACUAACCUGGAGAUCAAGGAAAUGUAUAAUGCUGGAUAUUGGCCCAACGAGCAAAAAUUACUGGCCGCAGGAAUACAAUUACAAAAAUUUAUUCAAAAACCAGGAGAUAUGGCCUACGUUGGACCAUUGACGUACCAUUGGGUUCAGUCCAAUGGCUACUGCACCAAUGUGAGCUGGAAUAUUGGGCAGCCAGACUUCUGCCAGAUGGCCAUGUCUGGCAUCACUCAUGACCACAACAUUGGUGUGGAGUAUGCAUCGGUCAUGCCAAUUGAGCCGAUCAUUUGGAGAAUAGCUGAGCAGAAAGCCCAAGUGGACCAGAAACUGUUUGCACUUAUCAAAGUGUUCUUGUUGAGAAGCGUGGCGCACGCUCAACGGGAGCUAGAGUACAUCGAGGCAAAAGGAUACAAGUUCACAACUAAUGUUGAACUUGGACCAGUGAUGCGAUGCACCACACCGCGUUGCGAAAAAGUGCUUUUCAAUCUUGUGGCAUUCAAUAGAAGCUUGAAGCCGUUAUGCUUCAAGUGCUGCGACAAGUUGACGCAAACAGAGAAAAAGGAGAUCAGCGUCGUCCAGUACAAGGAAAUGGACGAGUUGGCUGACAUUUGCGACGGCUAUGUGCUCACUGGAACCAACUAA